CAACCUCAAAGGAAGGGUGUUGGUUACUUAGAAAUUGCUAGUUGAAAUUUUGUUGAAGUUAUGUUGUCCUUGGGUUGCUUUUGAUGAGAAUGGUGGUUUAAUGAAUCACCCUUUACAUUAUCAUGUUGUCAGUAGUUGCAACCACUGCCUAGCAACGAAUAAAUAUGGGUGGAUAUCCAAAAAUUGCAGGCAUUGAAGUUAUUCCACUGAAACGGUGGAUUUAUAUGUACCACUCAUAGUUAAUGGGCUGAGACAGUUUAAUUGUUUAGAGGCUAUACUCGUGUAAUGCCAUUGUAGUCAAUGCCAGAUCCCCUCCUUGCCUCCAGUAAAGAAGUCUGUCUUGCGACUCAGAAAGUUCACAAACGUGUCCAGCAACUGUGGAGCGCCUUGGGGGUGAUGUUCGGCUAUAGAGAGAAACAAGGCAUCGAACUGGUCCAUUUUGCUUUCGUCGCCACUCAUUUCUUUGGAGAGUUUCCCUCAAAUUUGUUCGAGUUUAAAAAAUCUAGUUUGUAA